AUGGUCUGGAAGUCGACCAAAUCCAGCAGCAGCCAGGUGAAUAAACAGAUCAUUCUCUUGGGGGAUCCCAUCAGCAGCAAUCAAAUCAUGACGCUGUAUUCGUACCUCGUUCUACUCGGUGUGGCGACCAUCCUAGCCAAGAUCAUAUACAAUACCUGGUUCCAUCCUUUGAGCAAGUUCCCUGGACCUUUUCUCGCGUCUCAAACCGAUCUAUGGAGAGUUUACCAAUUGACAACUCGACACAUGCCCGAGACUCUUUUACAAUUACAUGAGAAGUAUGGCCCGGUCGUUCGGUAUGGUCCCAACGAGUUGAGUUUCUGGGGGGUCGAGGCCAUCAAUCCCAUCUACAAAUCUGGUCGAAAGGUGUUGAAGAGCAACUUUUAUGACGGGUUCACCACCUUUCAUCCUAAUCUCUUCGGUACCAAGGACGAAGAGCUCCACGCCAAAAGACGUCGUCAAAUGGCUCAUAGUUUCUCGACGGCCUCCCUGACACAAAUGGAAUCAAUCUUUGACCGCCGAAUCAAUCACCUCGUCAGGACCAUGGACUCUUUCGGAGACACCCCAUUCGACCUCAAAGAGAUGAUGGGAUACUACACUUACGACUUGAUGGGUGAAUUGAUAUUCAACGCCGAGUUCGGAACCAUGCAGGCCCAAGACCCCCAAAACUUGCCUCCCAUCAACGAACACAUCUUUUUGGGUUGCAUGUACGGGAUGUUGCCUUCUUUGCUCCCGUACAGCAUGCAAUUGUUCCCUCGGAUCCCCCUGCCGUGGCUACAACGUUUGAUGGCAGGUCGGAAAAAGCUCCGCGACCAGACGGCCAAACACGUCGCGGUGGAAUUGGCAAAGGACAAGACCGAGAUCCGACACAACAUCUUGUCCAGACUCACCCAUGCCAAAGAUCCGGAGACGGGUGAGGAACUCACAGAGGCCGAAAUCAGUUCCGAGGCGUUUGCUUUCUUGGUGGCCGGUUCACACACCACGUCGGGGACCUUGACACUCUUGUUUUACCACCUUCUUCACAACCCUACCGCGGCGGAGAAGUUGACGGACGAACUGAAACUGAAUGGUUGGUUGGAGGAGGUGCCUGACCCGAACAAAGACGACAAAUCAUUGUCUUACUCGGGUCUGGAAAUGCAACUACCUUAUGCCACAGCAUGUAUAAGGGAAAGUUAUCGAAUGUCUCCGGUUUUUUCGAUGCCAUUACCCAGGGUUAUAUGUGAUCCUGCAGGUACGGAUAUUGAUGGUCAUCAUAUACCUCAAGGUGCCAACUGUUCAAUCGUCAAUCACGCUCUCCAUCAUAACCCAAAAACCUGGGGGGAUGACCAUGACGUCUUUCGCCCUGAAAGAUGGCUCGAGGAAGGAAACACCUUGUCGACCAACGACCUGUUGCCCUUUGGAACCGGUCACCGUGGAUGCAUAGGACGCAACAUAGCUAGUAUGAGUGUCAUCAAGGUCUUGGUGACGUUGUGGAGGAGGUACGAGUUGGAAGCCGUAGACGCCGACGAGAAAUUGAUCCUGGAGUCUGUCGGUAUCGGGGAAAAGGAAGGGCCGUUGAUCGUGAAAGCUAGAGUGAGGACGUCAUGA